AUGGCGGAAAGACCAAGUGACGUGUAAUAACGUUCGACUCGAAAAACACACUCAGAAAACUCUCAAAACUCUCAAAAAUGGCAUCGUCUUACUUCCCAGGCUCGGGGGAUAUCAUUAAUCUCAAUGUUGGUGGACAAAGGUUUAGUACAUCCAGACAUACUCUCACAUGGGUUCCCGAUACAUUUUUUACAUCACUUCUGUCAGGCCGAAUCUCAACUUUGAGGGAUGAAUCCGGGGCAAUUUUCAUUGACCGUGACCCCUCCCUCUUCAGCACAAUCCUUAACUAUCUCCGCACUCGGGAUCUCAACAUAUCCAUUGUUGAUAUUAGUGCAUUGAGACAUGAGGCGGAAUAUUACGGCAUUGCUCCCUUAGUAAAACGGCUGAUGCUGUGCCAAGACCUGCACCAUUCGUCGUGUGGGGAUGUCCUCUUCUGUGGAUACCUUUCACCUCCAAGCAUUCCAAUCCAGGAGCCUCCCACCCCGUCCAUCUCUGACAGCCAAAACAGGGCCACAGUCAAUGCAAACAACAGUCCAGGUGGAGUCGUGCGUCUCCCUGAGGCACCUGCAGCAAGUGGGGGGGUUCCAGGGCCAGGAGGCGGAGCUGUGGCCGUCCCCAGGCCAGGCCAUUCACGCAAUUCCUCCCUGGACAUGCGUCAUAAUCCCCAGAUAGUUGGGCAAGGUCUCCACAAUAAUGCGUAUCCUGGCCACAUUUCGCGAAGUUCAAGCGACCUCCGCAGCCACGCGGCUCGGUCACACUCUCGCACACCAUCAAUGGAUCUACGGCACUCACGCAACUCUUCCGCUGAUUUGAACAAGUUCUUCAAAACAGAGAUUGGUGUUCUGAAUAAUGUUGGGCCUCCAGGUUCAAGUUGGGUCGACCCGCUUCGCGUGCGGAUGGUUAAGGCCCACCACAACUGGAUCCUUGUUGCAUAUGCACACUUCGUCACUUGUUACAGGAACAAAGAUAGCACAGGCUGGCAGCUAGCCUUCACAUCCCCACACAUUGACCAGCUGAUUGAGCGUGCGGCUUUAAAUGCGAAGCUGUCUCCUCCCAGCCAAGGGGGCGAGGCGGGCCAGAAAAUGCUGGCCAUUUCCUACACUUCACACAUAAGGCUGUGGGGCAUCUCAGAGGAUGGGACGCGGAAUGACAUCGGCACAUUCAACCUGGGAGUACCAGUGGAGUAUCUGUUCUUCAUUGGGUCGCAGCUGGUGGCUCUGUCCUCAGUGGGGAAGAUUGGGGUGUGGCAUGCCAUGACCCAGCACUGGCAGAUCCAGGAGGUCCUGCCCAUUGCCUCCUUCGACACAGCUGGUUCCUUCCUCCUCCUAGGAUGCACUAAUGGAUCAAUCUAUUAUAUAGACAUGCAGAAGUUCCCACUGCGAAUGAAGGACAAUGACCUGCUAGUCACAGAACUCUACCAUGACCCGUCCAAUGAUAUUAUCACAGCUAUCUCAGUGUACCUCACUCCAAAGACAAACGUGUGCGGGAAUUGGAUUGAAAUCGCUUAUGGAACAAGCUCCGGAACAGUGCGUGUGAUUGUGCAGCAUCCAGAGACAGUCGGCCAUGGACCACAGCUAUUCCAGACUUUCACUGUUCACAGGUUUCCUGUAACCAAGGUCACUCUCUCGGAGAAGCUCCUUAUUAGUGUUUGCAGUGAAUACAACCAUGUUCGCACUUGGUCAGUUACAAGGUUUAGGGGCAUGAUCUCUACUCAGCCUGGGUCAACGCCUCUCUCUUCUUAUAAGAUUCUUACAAUUGAUGAAGUAGAUCCCAAUAUAUAUUAUGCCAUUGCUAAUGAUUGUGGGCCUUAUGGUGAGCAAGAUGAUGAACAAGUGUUUAUCCAAAAGGUAGUCCCAGACACUGACCAGCUCUUUGUUCGCCUAGCAAGCAAUGGGAAAAGAGUAUGUGUCAUUAAGUCAGUGGACAACACAACCAUUAGUGGCUUUUGUGUGCACGAGUGUGAGGGAAGCAGCCGAAUGGGCUCUAGGCCUCGCAGAUACAUAUUCACAGGCCAUUCAAAUGGGGCAAUACAGAUGUGGGACCUGACCACCGCUUUGGAGCUGUGCAAUAAAGGUAGUGAUGCAGGCUUGGGCAUCAAUGGAGGCCCUGAACCUUCUGAGCUUCUCCGCCUCCUGGAUGUGUGUGACCUGAGUAAUUCCUCAUGCACAACGCCGUGUCUUUCCCCCUCACCCCUCACCCCAGCCAAUGCCCCUCCCCCCCACCAGCGCCCAUACCCCAACACCGGCCACCUCCACCACACCUCUGGCCCCUCCCACCUACAGCAGCCCAGUGCAAGCUAUCUAGCAAGCCCCUCAACGAGCAGCAGUCCCCAGCCACACCAGGGCCCCCUCCUCAAGCCAGCCAACGUUGCAUUCCUCUCCCAUAGCCAGAGCACAUCAACCCGGGGAAAUCAGGCCAACUCCUCCAAUGAAGACGAGGAUGAGGGCACGGCUUGUUGAUGGUUCAAGACCGAUAUUGUGGCGAUUGUGGCCGAGAAGAUCAGUACGUGAGUGUUUUACCAAGAGGCAGUGAGAGUGCCUUGUGUGGUAAGGGUGGAAUUCACUAUGUGGGGAGCCAUGGUGUAUAUAUCCAUUGAUGGGGAUUCGUACUUGUGUGGCUGAUUUUCCAAUGUAUUCUCUUCAUUGGAGUGGAGGGCAGUUUGUGAAGCAGUGUUUAGUAUCUAUUAACCCAUUAAGGAAAUUGUGACUAGACAAGAGCUAAAAGGAUGAGUGUAAGACAAGACCAUUUUUUUUUUUUAUAUUUGGGAAAUAUGGGUUUUCAGCUGAGGCUUCAGAGUCACAGUAAUUACAAAUGGUCAUAUUUUUGUUUCAUUUCAAAGCAGUAAUAGACAGACGGUGCAUAUGCUUCAGAAAUUAUUUAGUGACAUUUUACUAUUUCCAUUAAUUAUGCAUCCAAAAGAAAUUAGAUAAUGAAUCAUUAGUCAUAAUGAAUGAAAUCAUGGUCACAAAGCAGCAUGUUCUCUUAGUAAUCAGUCCAAGGCCACACCUUUUAAUUUAGAGAAUGUUUCAAAAUAGGUAUCAACUGUUUUUCUUUUUUUUUAUAUGAUUCAUACCAAUUUUUACAAACUUAAAAAUGCUAUGAAAUAUUCUCAAGCAGGGGAGGUUGUACAGUCAAGCAAAUAAGUGACUAAGCAAAAUUCAGAAACUUUUAGACAGCACAGGGGUGUCUGGCAACUUGAAUCAUUCAAGAAUAAAUAAGUAAAUGGUAUAACAGAAUUGCUUAUUAAUUUUAAAAGCACAUGUACCAUUUUAAUGGUAUGAAAGUGGGGUUCUAUUUCCAAUGAUUUUAGGUUGCCAUAUUUUUCUUCAUGUUAUUAUUAGCUUUGUUUUAAUAUUGUAUUGUUUUUUUAUUUUUUCCCCAAUAUAACUAAGCUUUCCCAUGCUUUUAUCAUCACUUAUCAGGAAAUUUUAGAAGAUGGUCUGAAUAAUUAAUUCAGACAUAUUGUUAACUCUGUCUGCUUAUAUGCAGUUUAUGAAUAUUGCAAAUUUAGUAUUGAUGCACACUGAAAAAUCAUGUAUCAAAAUGAAGGACACAAAUCUAGCCAUCCACAAAAAAAUCUGAAUUAUCCAUAUAGAUAAUCAGGUGUUCCAUGAUAUUUUGUAGAUACUCAUCCAAAAUCAGGUUGCAUUCACUGAUUGAAGUAUAACAGUUGACAUAUUAAGCAUGAAUAGAUAAUUAUAUAGUCAUAUUUUUCAUGAUAAAUUUCUCUUUAUAGUGUUGUAGGAAAAUGUGCAAUGAAAUAAAAUUGCUAGAUGAUACUUCUUUUGAAUGAAAAUCAUUGUAAAUCAUACAGUCACUUAUUUGGCCAACUGUACAUUUAAGUAUUAGAAUGUUUGAUAAUUCACAAAUAGCUUUAUAUAUAUCACUGGUGAAUAUUCAGAACUUUGAAGAUGCACUGCAAAUACUAAGCACAGGCAUCAAACUGACUAUUUACUGUAAACUACUCAUAACUUACAUAAUCAUGUGAAUGUUUUACAGUACCAGUACUUGUAGUCAUUACAAUGAUCAUCAUUUUUUAAUGAUUAUAAGCCAGAUAUUUAGAUAGAUGUACUGGGCUACUCAUUAAUUUAUUAAUUUCCAGAUAUCUGGACCUUUUAUACACAUUUUUAUUUACUAUUUAGGGAAAUAGCAAAAUGCAUUGGGUGUUGGUUCAUUUGUCACAGAGGCAUUAAUGAUGCAGGGAAAUGCACAUGGGUCAUUAUGUAGCAUAGAUAGACCCACUGUCAGUUACAAACCAAUAUUAAAUCAAAUCCGUCUAGUAUAUAGCCGUAGCCCGCAGCCUUCAAAAGUAUAAAUGAACAUUCAAAAGUUCAAUCACCCUUGAGAUUCUUUACAAAGAGAAUGAAUGUGUUAGAUAAGUGUAUUUCUUUGUAAUUGUGUAUUCAUGUGAUAUACAUAUACUGUAUAUCUGCAGUAUAUAUGCACAAGAGUAAAUGCCAAAUUAUAUGAUUACAUGUACAAGAAUAUGAUAUCUGCAAACAUGAUGGAAGUUGCAUUUCCUCUGUUUGUAUGUCGGCCAAUGAGAAUUUAGCAUGUGUUAAUGGUAUAUAGUCCUUUGAACUCCACUUUUCCAAGCCAAAGGAACAAGCACAUGCCACAAUUCCGAGUGCAAAGAGAGACAAGACAAAAACUGUUCAGAUGUUUGAAAGGAGAAUUCCAAGUACAGUAUUUUAGUGGUUCACAUAUUAUUUAACAGGGAUAUGUAGACCUCCCUUAUAACACUCAAAAAGGCAAAUAGUAAUGUCUGUCAGGUUCACCUUUAUGUGAAAGAUUCAUUUUUUAUAUUCAAGCUGGUAUAGUCUUGCACAGCUGUCAAGUGCCAAAUGUUAGAGUGCUUAUGCUUGAUAGACAGUAGUUUGGCGCAUAUAGUUAGAUACUUGUAGGAAAAGAGGCAUUUACCCAUCAGAGUUGUGAUUUUAAGCUGCAGUAAGUGAAAGAAUGUUAUCCAUUCCUGGUUCUGCCUUUCAGUUGUAAGAAAAUUAAGGGUAACGUUGUUGCCGCUCUUGAAAGUUAGUUUCUUCCUGUUUCAUGCAUGAGGAGAUUAUGACUUUCACUCUGAACUCCUGAUUGUUCCAUAGUAUUUCUAUCCAUGGAGGUGCAGAAAUCAUUUAGGGAAAUGAAAGUGGGAAGAAAGAGAGAAGAGAAGCAUACAUAUACACUUAUAUGACAAGGUCGCACACUUGUAAUUUAUUGAUUUUGGGUAGUUUUAUUUAAGCCAAAUUAUGUAUUGUGCAUUGAGAUGUAUAUAUUUACUAUACACUUAUACCACGAUGAUAUACAGACAGUCUGUGAUGUUGCAGCAUUCAAAUAUAAUGUCUGCUUCAUUCUAUGUAAAAAAGUAUACAUAUAUAAGGAAAAACAGAAGAUAUUACUACAAGGAAUUUGGGUACUCCAGUCCAACAAAUAUAUUAUUUUUCCUUCAUAAGUCUUCAUAUGCCAAAAGAACAUUAAAGUUAGUUUAAAGAGAGAGAGAAUAAUUUGGAAAUGUGUUUUGAAAGUCACCAUAUCAGAAAUAAGUUUUUGAGGAAAAUCGUAUUGAAGUUUAUCUGAAAAGCUCUCUCUAGAUAGAUCGGUGAAAAAUGUAGGUAAGAAAAGUAGAUGCAUUUCCAUGACAGUCUGGUGGGAUGGCAUUUUCACUUAUCCUACACUGUGUAUUUGUCUUUCAUAAGGGCUAUGUUGCUAUGGCUUUAAGAUUAUACAUAGUUGGGCAUUUCUUCUUCCAAUUUCAAUGUCUAUUCCAUACUCUUGCCUUUUUCCCCAACUUUUUUUUUUCUCACCUGUAACUCUUUUUUUUUUUUUCUUAUUGAUUCUCUUGAUCUCACUCUCUGGUAUAAGAAAAAUCAGAGAUUAGGGCAUGUGAGAUACUGUAUCACUAUGACUAUAAGUACUGUUGUAGUAACUAGAAAGAAGUCAUUGUGAAUUUUCCCACUUACCUGAUAUAUGAAAAUAAUGUGCUGUGUAAAUAUUUCUCAUUUUGAGGUAUAAUUUUUUUUCUUCUUCUCAUUCUUUCUUUUAUUUGUCCCAUUAUUUUAGUUUCGUAAAAUAAAUCUUACCUUAGAUAUUGCACUAUAUGGGAAAUAAAAGAUCAUGGGUAGUCGUACAUGAUAAUUGAUAUGCAUAGCAGCAUAUGUCUGUAAUACAUGUCUCUUUGUAAGAUAUGUUUUGAAUAAUCAUAAUGUGGCAAGUGAAUAUUUGUUGAGGAACUACAUGUGUUUUUCUAUUAUUAUUGUAAGCUAAGAGGUGAAAUCAUUAAAUGGUAUAAUUAAUAGGUUAUACUUAUUUGAAGGUACACAAAUAUGUUUAAAAAGAAAUACCAAAACAAAAACAUGUAGUUUUAAGAAGGAAUAGCUAAUUUGGGAGUGGAAAUUUUAAGGAUGAAACCCAGUGAUGAGACUUUAAUGGAGUAAACUUGACAUAUUUGUCUUUCAGAUAUUUUAAGGCAUGGUCAAUGUUGUAUUUAUUACAUGAUGGAAGUUUUCUGUAUAUACAUUUUCUUUUCUUCCUCUUGUUCAAUUGUGCUUUCACAGAACUCCCUGUUUCCCUUCCCGUCUUCUUCCUCACUUUUCUAAAUCUUUAUUUUCUGAAUACGGAAGUUUAACUGGGUAUGCAAAAGAGAAGUGCAAUAAAUGUUUUAUUUUUUAAUUUAGGAGUUUAAAUUUUGAGGUGACAGUGAUACUAAAAGUUUAGGGUAGUUUGAUGAAAUAUUUAAACCAUAUAUAUUUAGCAAUUUUUUUUUUUUAUUAUUAUUUUUUCAUGAUAAGUUUCAUUUGGAAACUAGAAUUGUGAUUUAUUUCAGUGAAAUUUUUUCAGCAUUUUCUUGUUAGCUUUAAUGCAAGUUUAUUUUGAUAUAAUUCGGUAGCAUUAACAUGAUCUCUUCUACAUAUUGUAAGACAUAUCACACUAUAUUUAGAAUAGAUAAGUUUUGUCUGGUCGUCUCAUGUGUAUUUUCAGUAUUAAUUUACAUGUUGAUAAGCAUUUAUUAUAUGCUGUUAUACAUUUAUUCUUUUCUUUUUACUUCUCUUCAGUUAGCAGAGCUUUAAAUGUUGAGCUAUUUUUAUUUGUUAUUUUGUAAGUUAACAGCAAAUGCUUUGUUUUUAUAUGAAACAUUCUUUUACAUAAGCUCAAAAUAUAGGGUUAUUUUAUUUAAGGUUCAAUAUAUUUUUCUGUUUUAAUAAUCAUUAUGCAUUUCCUUGGUAUGAAUGUAAUCUUUAUUCAGAACUUAUUAUAAUAAAUAUUUUAAUGGCAUUUUUUUUUUUUUUACAUAUACGGAUUACAUGUAAAACAGGGUAAUACAUUUGUUAAUUUCACAAGUGGAAUAACUAAAGAAGCUUAAAAGGAUAGGUUUUAUGUUGUAGUAUAAACUUCUUGUUAUUUGUAUAAUUAAUGAAAGGUUUUGUACUGUAUAUAUAUUUUUUCUUUGUUAUAAUGAGUAAAAAAUUAUUUCACUGGA